UCUCCUUGCGCAAGAUGGCGGCGGCUGUCGGGGCGGCGGGGCUGGGCCCGCGCCUGGGCCGGAGGUAGCGGAGGGCGAGGCGAAGCGAGCGGCCAUGCACUUCUCCAUCCCCGAGACCGAGAGCCGCGCCGCGGACGGCGCCAACGCCGCCUACGUGGCCUACAACAUCCAUGUCAACGGGGUCUUGCACUGCCAGGUGCGCUACAGCCAGCUGCUGGGCCUGCAUGAACAGCUCAGGAAGGAGUAUGGGGCCAACGUGGUCCCCGCCUUCCCCCCGAAGAAGAUCUUCACCCUCACCCCGGUGGAGGUGGAGCAGCGGCGGGAGCAGCUAGAGAAAUACAUGCAGGCGGUGCGCCAGGACCCCUUGCUGGGAGGCAGCGAGAUCUUCAACAGCUUCCUGCGCAAGGCUCAGCAGGAGACCCAGCAGAUCCCCACGGAGGAGGUGCAGCUGGAGGUGCUUCUGUCCAACGGACAGACGGUCAAGGUCAACCUCCUCACCUCGGACCAGACGGAGGACGUCCUGGAGGCCGUGGCCUCCAAGCUGGACCUGCCGGAGGACCUGAUAGGCUACUUCCACCUCUUCUUGGUGCGAGAAGCCAAGGACGGGGCCUUUUCCUUCAUCCGGAAGCUGCAGGAGUUUGAGCUGCCCUACGUGUCGGUCACCAGCCUCCGCAACCCCGAGUACAAGAUCCUUUUGCGCAAGAGCUACUGGGACUCUGCCUACGACGAUGACGUGAUGGAGCAGCGAGUGGGGCUGAACCUGCUCUACGCUCAGCCCCAAGAUUCCUCUCCUGUCCCCUUCCAGACAGUGGCCGACAUUGAGAGGGGCUGGAUCCUGGCAAACAAAGAGCAGCAUCGCCAGCUGAAGUCCCUGCAGGAGAAAGUCUCCAAGAAGGAGUUCAUCCGCCUGGCGCAGACGCUCAAGUAUUACGGCUAUCUCAAGUUUGACCCUUGCGUAACGGACUUCCCCGAGAAGGGCUGCCACGUCAUUGUGGGCGCCGGGAACAGCGAGCUGAACUUCCAGGUCAAGCUGCCCAACGACCAGGUCAAGGAGGGCAGCUUCAAAGUGACCCGCAUGCGCUGCUGGAGGGUCACGUCCUCGGUCCCCGUGCACAACGGGACGUCCGGCCCAGCAGGCAGCAAGUCGGAGGUGAAGCUGGAGUUGGCUUUUGAGUACCUGAUGAGCAAGGAGCGCCUGCAGUGGGUCACCAUCACCAGCCCCCAGGCGAUAAUGCUGAGCAUCUGCUUGCAGUCGAUGGUGGACGAGCUGAUGGUGAAGAAGUCUGGGGGCAGCAUCCGCAAGAUGUUUCGCCGGCGAGCCAAUGGCACCCUGCAGCGCUCCGACAGCCAGCAAGCCGUGAAGUCCCCCCCUCUCCUGGAUUCGCCCGAUGCCAGCCGGGACUCCCUCACGAAGGUUGCGAGCAAGCUCAGCUCGGUCAGCCUGAGGGCCAUCAGCCAUUCCAGCUCCGCCACUGACAUCGGGGCACACGAUUUCCAUGGCAACUACGCCUUCGAGGGCAUCGGUGACGAGGACCUGUAGGCAGCCUCCCCCCCCCCCGCCUUCGUGUGGAAUGUACAACCUCCCGGGUUGACCUCGAUGUGCCUCGACCCCAGCCGGCUCCACGCCCCCCACCUCGCCUCCCUCCGGGCCCCGGGACAGGCAGUGGGUGGGGCUGCCAGCUGGCGGCUUCAGCUCCAUACAUGCCAAAUUAGGGUAGAGUGGACAUUUUGCACAGCGAUCCGACGCAGCUCUGGCGCUGGCCAAUAGACUUCUGUGUAACUGCUAGGCUUGUAAUCUCCUCCUUUAAUCUCCCUGCUGUUUACAGAUGAACACGAACAAAUGUUUGUGGCAAUGAUUAAAUAGAUCAUGAUUGGGAA